AGUCCAUUGAUCAGAUGUAGCAACUGAUCAAAUUUUUCCGAUUCUCAGCAUUUAGUUCUUGAGCUUUUGAGGUGAUAGAACCAGGCCAAAAGGAUUCAAGGAUGUUAUAAAACCUAUCUCAACCUCCUAAAUAUAGAAUCAUUUUCUGGAUACUUUGGGGAGAAUAUAUAUAGCUUUAAAUAGCCACAAAAGUAGAGCAAUCAACGGAAAAGAACUCAUCUGUACAAGUGGAUCAAGAUCGAUUAUGACUCUCCACCGAUAACUCUAUCAUACAUAGUUUGAAGAUUUUUACAAGAAAAGAUUUCUGCCCUUUUUUUCCUUUGGUACAAAUCUUUAUCUGCACAGCCAGGAAGGAAAACAGGAAGAGGAGGAGCAUCAAUUAGCUCUUCCUCUUCUUCUUUCUUACUUAGAAUGGGAUCUGGGGUCUCCAGACAGGUAGAAAGGCGCAAGGCACUCACAGUGGAGAGGAGAAAGUUAUUUGAUCUUCAUCAAAGCUGUGGCGAAGACUUUCCAGCUUGUGCAUUCAGGCCUUCAGAUAGAAAAAACUGGAUGGAUGACCUCCAUCCUGAGAAACUUCAGAUAUGCAAGAUUGUUUGGCCCGGAACUCAUGAUUCUGCAACAGAUAGGAUUGGAAUCCCAUUGGUCACCAGGCCUUUUGCACAAUGCCAAACUCUAUCUGUCUAUCGCCAGCUUGUGCUAGGCUGCAGGGUUCUUGACAUUCGAGUUCAGAAGGAUCGCCGAGUCUGUCAUGGGAUUCUUGUCUCGUAUAACGUUGAUGUUGUGAUCAAUGAUAUAAAGAAGUUCCUGUCUGAAACACAUUCAGAGAUCAUAAUCCUUGAAGUCCGUACUGAGUAUGGACAUGACGACCCUCCUGAAUUCGACAAAUAUUUGGUAGAUCACCUCGGACAAUUCCUGAUCCACCAGAAUGACAAUGUGUUUCACAAGACUAUUUCGGAAGUGUUGCCAAAGAGAAUAAUAUGCAUAUGGAAGCCAAGGAAUUCACCUAACCCCAAAAGUGGGAGCCCUCUGUGGAAUUCUGGUCAUUUGAAGGAUGAUUGGAUUAACACGGAUCUGCCAUCAACCAAGUUCGAAAGCAACCUCAAGUAUUUGAGUGAGCAGCCACCAGUUUCCUCAAGGAAUUUUUUUUACAGGGUGGAGAACACAGUGACACCGCGGCCUGAUAACCCUGUUGUUUGUGUAGGGCCUGUGACAAAGCGGAUUCAUGAAUUUGCAAGAUUGUUCAUAACUCAGUGCUUCUCUCGAGGCAUUGCAGAUAGGUUGCAAAUCUUCUCCACAGAUUAUAUAGACGAGGAUUUUGUUGAUGCCUGUGUUGCACUUACAUAUGCAAGAGCUGAAGGGAAAGCUUGAAUAUAUUUUCAAUGCGUAUUUGUGUAGUGUGUAGGUUUACUUAGUUCAUGUUAAUAGAUUUUUGCAGUACUGUAUAAGUUAACCCCUUUCA